AUGGCGAGAGCGGGGAGCCCGGGCAGGACCCGCCGGGCCCGGGUCACCCGCAGGGGCUCUCACGGCGCAGGCGGACCGCCGGGGCGACCCACGCGUGUCCCGGGCGCACCGCGGCCUGCCCCCUCCGUCUCGCAGGGGCUUGCAUCCCGCUCCCCCGGGAGAGCUUCGGGCGGGCUUGGGGCGGCCACAGCGCGUCCGAGAAGCCGCAAGGGCUGGGCCGGGCUUUGGAGGUUUCUUUUGACCCACGCACGAGCGUCCCCCCUCGGAGAACGUUUCACAGGGGAAGAAGCCAAACCUCAGCCUAAACUUUGGCCUGGCAGGCCGGGGCCGGGGUCGGCUUGCGGACAGCGCCGCGGCUCAGGCGAGCCGUCGGGCCGCAGCCCCCGUUUGCCGGCCGGCAGGCAGCGGGAGGAGGCAGCAGCCCCCGCCGCUGCCCGUUCUUGCGUGGAAAUUGGCGACCGGAGCCGCCAGGUACCUCCUCCCGGCCGCGGGACCGCCGCGCCCGGGCCCUCCGCGCCCGCUGACAGGGUCCGGCGCGGCGGGCCCGCACGCCCCCGCGGAGGGGCGCGGAAAGGCGGGCUGGCGGCGGGACUGCGGCGAGGAGGGCUGUCGUCGGGGGGCCGCGUCCCAGCCGCCCUUCCCUGGGUAACGCCGGGGGCUCGCCGGUCGCGGCGGAGGCUCGGUCGCCCUGCUCGGGCGUGGGAAGGUCCGGUAGCCGAGAGGCGACCGUACCUCUUCAGCCCCCAAACGCCGGCUUGCCUUCCCAGCCCUAGGUGCCUCUGCUCGAUCAGGGCGUCAGUGGGAGAGAGAGAUACCCUAGAAAGGUGGCUCUUCCUCCGAAAUAACACGAAACAAAAUAACGGCGUAAAACCUAAAACACCGCUUACCUGUCCGCCAGCAUCUCCAAAUAUUCCUUACGGUGCGUUAGCGGGAACGCUCCCUCUGAUGCUUCACUAUAAUAUACCGGAUUUAAAUGAGCGGCUCCACCAAAAGGAUGGGCAGAGGGAAACAAACGUCCCCUGCAAAGUUGCCGCGAUAAAUCAAAUAUGCCAGCUAAAAGAAAGAGAGCCCUCGACCCCUCCGCCUAAUAACACGGUUGACGUGAAUCCGAGGAGUUUCUGUAUCGCUUCCUCGUGGCUUGCCAAAUUUAGGCUUUGCUGCUAAUUCGGGAGGCCAGGAGAGCCCGAGGUGGGCGAGAGGCGAGAGCGGGACCCCCCCUUAACCGCGUUAUUUUUAAACCCCGCACCUCGGCGGGGCCAGCGCGGUGCUGGUUCAUUUGGUUUCGUGGCGUUGGCAGCGCCUGCGGAACCAUCUGCGCGGGGCUGCGAGCGAGCCCUGAUAAGCUCGGAAUUACUCUGUAAUUGAAAAUAUAUUUUUGGGAAAGGCUGGUUUUACAAAUAUCAAGGGUGUAGGCUUUUGAUCCUUUCUGCUGCCUGUGUUCUCCAGUUGCUAAUAAAACUCGCAUUGAGCUCCUUAGUGGCUUGAUUAACAGGCAGAUUAACUGUUACUGGGGUUUUGAACAGCUUGUCCCAAUCAAUAGCAUUUAAAAAGCCCGUCAGGAUGCGCUAAGCUUCCACCGCCCCCCCUCCUUCUUUUCUGAAGGCUUUUCGAGCGGGUCCGGUUGCAUGACACUUUUCACAUAUAUA